GAAAUUCACCUCUUGACGACCAGGAAAAAAAAAAAAAAAAGUUUUUCUUUUUUGUGUGUGUGUGUUUUUAUUUUUAUUUUUAAUCUGUAAUCUCUCUCACUGAAGAAUCUGAUCAACGAAGGGCCUAGCUAUCCACAUAGUCAGGAGUACGAUCUCAGUCUCAGUGUAGCUCUUUGAAAUUUUUAACAACUGGAUUCGCUAAAAGUUGUCGUUUUGGUGAAGAAGAAGAACAACUGCUCUGAAAAAAAAAGAAAAAAAAUAAAAAGCCAUUUUUUUUUUGAAACUGCAAAAGAGCUGUGUACUAGUUCAUCUCUUUUCUAUUCCUACCAACGAAGUUUUAGAGACACCGGAAAUUCAUGAUCUCAUAUGUUUCAGCAGAGGUUUCCGAACACCCUUUAACGGUGAAUGGAAUAUACAAUUAAGGUUUUAGGCAGUGCCUAAGAUUGCCAUGCUGAAUGUUGCUACCGGUCAGUGGAUUAGGGAUGAAUUCCACGAUGGAUGACACGAACUUAUUUCAGCAAGCACAGAGGCAUCACUUGGUUGUUAGGGAGCUUGGAGAAGAAAUUGAUUUAGAAAUCGGACCUGGAGACGACGAUCCAUCAUUUGCCAACACCCCUCUUAUUGGUGGCCCACCCAGAGAACCUUCAGCUGAGGAGCAUGAUGAAAGCAAGCACAUGGUAAUGGUAUCUCAACUCCCUAGUGAUGAUCAAGAUAUGUCGAAGACACAACCUGUAAAGAGAAAGAAGAAGGUUGUUAAAAGAUGGAGAGAGGAAUGGGCUGAUACCUACAAAUGGGCUUACGUUGAUGUCAAAGAAGGGACAGCGAGAAUUUUCUGCUCUGUGUGUAGAGAGUAUGGUAGGAAGCAUAGAAGAAACCCCUAUGGGAAUGAGGGCAGCCGGAAUAUGCAGAUGAGUGCUCUGGAAGAGCACAAUAAUAGUUUGCUUCACAAAGAAGCUCUUCGGCUUCAGAUGGCUUCCAAGGAUAAGAUUAUUGUUGACAAACCCAUUUAUGUAAAAGCUCUUAUGUCAAAAACGGCUGGAUCAAUUAUUGAAGCUGCACUUAAAAGGGAUCCUCAUGAGAUUGAGUUCAUACAAUCAGUUCAAGAAUCUGUUCAUGCUCUAGAAAGAGUAAUUGCAAAAAAUUCUCAUUACGUCAGCAUAAUGGAGCGCCUAUUGGAACCUGAGCGAAUGAUUCUUUUUCGAGUUCCGUGGGUGGAUGACAGAGGUGAGACACAUGUCAACCGAGGCUUUCGAGUACAAUUUAACCAGGCCUUGGGUCCAUGUAGGGGAGGUGUCCGAUUUCACCCAUCAAUGAACUUAAGUAUUGCAAAGUUCCUCGGAUUUGAACAGACUUUAAAGAAUGCCCUAUCACCAUAUAAAAUAGGAGGAGCAGCUGGUGGUAGUGAUUUUGAUCCAAAAGGAAAAAGUGACAAUGAGGUUAUGCGUUUUUGUCAAAGUUUCAUGAAUGAGAUCUAUAGGUAUUUGGGUCCAGACAAGGACCUUCCUUCGGAGGAAAUGGGUGUUGGUACUCGUGAAAUGGGAUAUCUUUUUGGACAAUAUAGACGUUUAGCAGGUCAUUAUCAGGGAAGUUUUACAGGGCCAAGGAUAUAUUGGUCUGGUUCCAGCCUUCGAACUGAAGCUACUGGAUAUGGACUGGUGUUCUUUGCCCAGCUCAUACUUGCAGACAUGAAUAAAGAACUCAAAGGAUUAAGAUGUGUUGUGAGCGGUUCUGGAAAGAUUGCAAUGCAUGUUCUGGAGAAGCUUAUUGCUUAUGGUGCACUUCCCAUCUCAGUAUCCGAUUCAAAGGGAUAUCUUGUCGAUGAGGAUGGAUUUGAUUUCAUGAAAAUAUCUUUUCUGAGAGAUAUCAAAGCGCAACAGAGAAGUUUGAGAGAUUAUUCAAAGACUUAUGCUCGGUCUAAGUACUAUGAUGAAGCAAAACCCUGGAAUGAAAGGUGUGAUGUUGCAUUUCCUUGUGCUUCACAGAAUGAAAUUGAUCAAUCUGAUGCCAUUAAUUUGGUUAAUUCAGGUUGUCGUAUACUAGUAGAAGGAUCGAACAUGCCUUGCACUCCUGAGGCAGUUGAUGUACUGAGAAAAGCUAAUGUUCUUAUUGCUCCUGCAAUGGCUGCUGGUGCUGGAGGGGUUGUUGCUGGAGAACUUGAGUUAAACCACGAGUGUAAUUCAAUGAACUGGUCACCUGAGGAUUUUGAAUCUAAAUUGCAGGAAGCAAUGAAACAGACCUACCAGAGAACCCUCAAAGCAGCAACGGAUUUUGGGUAUCAGAAAGAGAGUCCUGAGGCUUUAGCACACGGAGCUGUCAUCUCUGCUUUUCUGACCGUUGCUCAAGCUAUGACUGAUCAAGGAUGUGUAUAGAACUUGAUUUUAAGGAUAAUGUACAAUUGUUUGGAAACUCUUCAAAGCUGGUGUUCAUGUUCAUUUAUGAAUUAUGAAUGGUAAUAGUUGGGAGAUAUGCUGGUGGGAAGCUGGAGAUUACCAAGGAAUGGAAUUGUUGUAUUGCUUUGGGAGUCGCAUACUUCUAAGUUCACACCAGGUAAAAUUGAAGGUAUAUCAGAUUCCUUUGUAACAAUGCAUGUAAUGUAUUAGCUGUGAUCUAGCCCAGGGGAAAAAAAAAAAAAAAAAAAAAAAAAAUCGUGAUAGCAAAUUGGAACAAACACAUAAUGCAAGAAAAUGUCUAGUCGCGGACAGUGGUAGCGUAGGAAGGGUCUCAAGAUUCAUGCCAGGAAGUAAUUUGUAUUUUGGGCCCCAUUGAGAUAACAAAAAUGCUUGUUACGAGCUUGUGGAAUAUAUGCAAGUAAGAUUAGGAAAUAAAAUUUAAUUCAUUACUGUAAUCUAUUAGAAUUAAGAUGUUCUUUUGAUAUGCCAAUGCAUGGAUGGACUUAAGGUUUUUUGUUUA